GAGCAGAAGCUGUUGAAGGAUGCGGUGAAGAAGUCGGGCAGGCCGUUCGAAGGGGUUGUGGUCGGUCUGAUCCAGUCUUGCAACAAGCAUCCCAAGGCCGACAACCUGAUGAUCCUGCAAGUGUCGGACGGAGGCUUCGGCAACGCUCAGGUCAUCACCAACGCCAAGAACGUGGCGGAGGGGCUCAAGGUUGCGUUUGCGCCCGUUGGAGCAGAAAUUUUUGACGAGGAGCUCGGGGCUGGCACGACGACCGUCAAGUCGGUGAAGCUCAAGGGUAUCAACUCGGCGGGCAUGCUCUGCUCGGGGAAGCUGCUGGGGCUCAACGAGGAGGAGGGGCAGGCGCUGGUGUUCCCCGACAACACCCCUCUGGGUCUGGGGGUGGCGGAAGCUUACUACCGCGUGCUGCACCCCGAGAUGCUGCAGGCGCUGAAGGACCAUGCGGAGGCUGAGAGGAAGGCGAUCGAGGAACGCGCAGCGGCCAAGAAAGCCGAGCAGGAGGCAAAGAAAGCUGCCGCCGCUGCAGCGUCUGCUGCCGGAGGAGGAGAGGAAGAGGGAGAGGGAGAGGAGAAGGCGGGAGAAUCCUCCAAGAACAAGAAGAAGAAAGGAAAGGGGGACGGAGACAGCAAGCCCAAGAACGCGAAGCUCGCUGCUCUGCAAGAGAUGCAGAGGCUUCUCCGUGAGGAAGAAGAGAGGAUUCGGAAGAUGGAGGAGGAAAGGAAGAAAGAGGAGGAAGAGGCUCUGCGCUUGCAGCAAGAGAUGGAAGCUGCGGAGGAGGAGAGGAAGCGAUUGAAGAAGGAGAGGAAGAAGGAGAAGGAGGAGCAGCUGCGAAGAGAAGGAAAGCUCUUGUCGAAGAAGCAGAAGGAGCAGCAGGCUAAGAACGAAGCCUUCCGCAAGACGCUUGAAGAGCAGGGUAUGGUUCCUCCUCGAAUCAACAACGAGAGCGACGACGAGGAGGAGAAAGGAAACGAAGCAGGAAACAACCAGACCAAGAAGCUCUCCAAGAACGAGAUUCUCCAGCUCGAGAAGGAGCGCAAGCAGAAGCAGAGGGCGCUGCAGGAAGAGCGGGAGAGGAAGAAGAGGGAGGAGGAGGAGGCGAGAUUGAAGGCCGAGCAGCUUGCGAAGGAGCUUGCCAAUGUCCAAGACAACUGGGAGGACGACGAGGACGCAGACCAAGGGAAGGACGAGGAGGAUUCGUCGGAAGACAGUGGCAGUGGGAGCGAGUACGACUCUGACGGGAACAAGCUCUCCAAGACGCAGAGGCGGACGAGGAAGGCGAAGAAAGCGGCACAGGCGAGGCGAAUGAAGCAGAUGGAGACGAAUCUGCAGAAGAAGUCGAAGGACAAUCUCAGAUGUCCCGUCGUCUGUGUGCUGGGCCAUGUGGAUACAGGCAAGACGAAGAUCCUCGACAAGAUCCGCCGCACUAAUGUGCAAGAUGGCGAGGCAGGAGGAAUCACCCAACAGAUCGGAGCUUCCUUCUUCCCCAUCGAUGCGAUUACUGAGAAGACUCGUCCUGUGAUGGAACUGCAUAAAGUGGAGUACAACGUUCCCGGUCUGCUCAUCAUCGAUACCCCCGGACACGAAAGUUUCACCAACCUGCGCACACGAGGAUCUUCUCUCUGCGAUCUUGCGGUGCUGGUCGUGGACAUCAUGCACGGGCUGGAGCCGCAGACGAUCGAGAGCAUCGGGCUGCUGAAGAAGAGGAGAGCUCCCUUCGUGAUCGCCCUAAACAAGAUCGAUCGCCUCUACGGAUGGGAGCCGCACCCCGAGCUGCCUGUCCAGCAGGCGCUGGAGAUGCAGGCGGACUCGGUGAAGGCCGAGUUUCAGCAGCGCUAUGACUUCGCCGUGAGGCAGCUGCAGGAGCAGGGGCUCAACGCUUGUGUCUUCUAUGAGAAUCAGGACGUGCGAACGUUUUUGAAUGUGGUGCCGACGUCAGCCAUCUCAGGGGACGGGAUGAUGGACCUUCUCUUCCUCCUCUCCACUCUGCCGGCGAAGAUGCUCAUCGACAAGAUCAUGUACCACGAGAACCUCGAGUGCACCGUGCUGGAGGUGAAGGCGAUCGAGGGGCUGGGAACCACCAUGGAUGUGAUCGUGGUGAACGGGAAGCUGAAGGAGAAGCAGAAGAUCGUCGUGUGCGGGCUGGAGGGGCCGAUCGUGACGCAGAUCCGAUCGCUGCUGACGCCUCAGCCGAUGAAGGAGAUGAGGGUGAAGACUCCUUACAUCCACCACCAGGAGAUCAAAGGCGCUAUCGGCGUCAAGAUCUGCGCCAACGGGAUCGAGAGGGCGCUGGCAGGGUCGAACCUCUACGUUGUGGGCGAGGACGACGACGAGGAGGAGCUCAAGGACGAGGUCAUGAAGGACCUUGGGGGCAUCCUGAAGAAGGUCAAGAAGAACGAGGACGGCGUCUACGUGCAGGCCUCCACCCUCGGCUCCCUCGAAGCUCUACUCGAGUUCCUCGAACGCCCGGGCGAGGACCGCGACGGCAACCCGAACCCUCCGAUCCCGGUGUCGGGCAUCGGCAUCGGCCCUGUGUCCAAGUACGACGUGAUGCGGUGCGGGGUGAUGCUGGAGCGAGAGAGGGAGUGGGAAGCCUACGCCUGCAUCCUCGCCUUCGACGUGCCGGUGCUGCCGGACGCCGAGAGGUCGGCCAAGGAGAUCGGGAUCCCCAUCUACACAGCAGAGAUCAUCUACCAUCUCUUCGACGCCUUCACCAAGCGUGUGGCAGACAUCAAGGCGAAGAAGAAGGAGGAGGCGAAGAAGAAGGCUCUCUACCCCGUUGUGUUCAAGAUCGUCGACGAGCGGUGUGUGUUCAACAAGAAGGAUCCCUACAUCCUCGGUAUCGACGUUGUCGAGGGAACCCUCAAGCUCGGACUCCCCGUCGUCAUCCCCAACGUCAAGUGGACAGGCGACGCUAAGACGCAGACGGCAGCGACGGAGCUGCUGGAAUUCGGGCAGGUGAUGUCUAUCGAGAAGGACAAGAAAGCCAUCGACUCGGCCACGAGAGCCUCGGGCAACGUCGCCAUCCGCAUCGAGCAGCGCAAGAACAUGAAGGAGUACACCUUCGGUCGCCACUGGACGCACGAGAGUCUCUUCGUCAGCCGCCUCAAUCGCGAGAGCAUAGACCUGCUCAAGGAGCACUUCAGGGAUGAAGUUCCCAAGGAGGACUGGAAGCUGGUGGUCAAGCUUAAGAAGCUUCUUAACAUCCCUUAGAUCAGCUCAGCCCUUGCUGAGUCUCCACCCUGUCCUGUAGCAACCAACACGUUUGAGAGUGAAUCAUGUUUCUUUA